AUGGCUACGUCUAUACUUGGGGAAGAGCCGCGAUUUGGAACUACCCCUUUAGCUAUGCUGGCUGCGACUUGCAACAAAAUUGGCAACACCAGUCCUCUUACCACGUUACCCGACUCGAGCGCUUUCUCAAAAGGUGGAUUUCACCCUUGGAAAAGGUCGUCGUCCAGCUGCAACUUGGGCUCCAGCCUGCCCGGCUUCGCGGUGGCCACCAGCCGCACAUCCACGGGACUAACGUCGACCAGCGGCACGGGCAGCAGCGCCUUCUGCCUAGCCUCCACCUCCCCGACCUCGUCCGCCUUUUCCACAGAGUACAGCGGGCUGUUUUCCAACUCCGCCAGCGUCACGUCCCAAGACUCUGGACAGUCGGCCUUUAUCUCAAAAGUCCACACGUCGGCAGAGACUCUUUACCCGCGGGUAGGAAUGGCACACCCCUACGAGUCGUGGUACAAGUCCGGUUUCCACUCCACCAUCUCGGGCGACGUCGCAAACGGGGCGUCGUCGUGGUGGGACGUUCACACCAACCCCGGGUCGUGGCUCGACGUGCAGAAUCCGGCCGGCACGCUGCAGACCUCCUUGCACUCCGGCACACCCCAGGCCAUACACUCCCAGCUCAGCGGCUACAACCCGGACUUCUCCACGCUGACCCACUCCGCAUUUAGCUCCACCGGCAUAAGCCCCUCCGCGUCCCACCUGCUGUCCACCAGCCAGCACCUGUUAACGCAGGAGGGGUUCAAAACGGUCAUCCCCAGCUAUACGGACGCGUCCGCCGCCAACGCCAUGAUUUCCGGCGCCAGUUCAGGAAUAAGCACGUCGUCCAGGUCAUCCAGGAGGUACUCCGGCCGAGCGACGUGCGACUGUCCCAACUGCCAGGAGGCCGAGCGGCUGGGACCGGCGGGGGCCAGCCUCCGCCGCAAAGGACUUCACAGUUGCCACAUCCCCGGAUGCGGCAAGGUGUACGGGAAAACGUCCCACCUCAAGGCGCAUCUGAGGUGGCACACCGGCGAGCGGCCUUUCGUCUGUAACUGGCUUUUCUGUGGCAAGCGGUUCACCAGAUCCGACGAGCUGCAGAGACACCUGCGCACCCACACCGGGGAGAAAAGGUUCGCCUGCCCCGUGUGCAACAAGCGCUUCAUGCGGAGCGACCAUUUGAGCAAGCACAUCAAAACGCACACGGCCGGCGGGGGCGGCAAAAAGGGGAGCGACAGCGACACCGACACCAGUAACCUGGAGACCCCGAGGUCCGAGUCCCCCGAACUUAUUCUGGAGGGGGUGAAUCCCAGAAUCACGGUCAAAGACCCGUCUCCUCACGACGAGCCCUAA